CUGCAGAGCCCCUCCAACUCCGACCAGUGACCACCCUACCCUAGCCGCCACCAUCUCCGUGGCGGCAGGCCCUCCGAGGUCAGUCAGAUCCCCCUCUGCUCCUAAACCUGGUCCGGGAGUUGGUGAGCUAGCCCUGUAACAGAAGCUGUAACGGAGGAUAAGCAAUGAAGGAAAGACAAGUUACACAAACUUCCUGCAGUGCAAAGCAGAUACGAAAGGAGAGGAAAAAGGUUAUGGAACGUAUAGCCACAUGGUUCAACGAAGCUGGGAUUCCUUCUAACACUGUUUGUCUAGAGAGUUUCAACUUAAUGUUAGAAGCAAUUGGACAAUUUGGCCCUGGUUUACAGGGGCCCUCUCCAGAUGAGCUUGAUGGGCCAUUAUUACAGAGACAAGUUCUGGCUAUUAAUGAUUCAAUUGAAGCACUGAAGAAAUCUUGUGCAUUGGAAGGAUGCUCUCUUCUUGUUAAUACAGGGACUGGUGAUAAUGAAUCUUUCAUGCUAAACUUGGCAGUCCAUUGUUCGCAGGGUGUAUUUUUCCUUCGUUCCGUCCGUGUACCAUCAGAUGGAAGCUAUGAAUCAUAUAUUGCUGAACAAGUUGACUCUUGUAUUGAAGAAGUUGGAGUGAGCAGUGUGGUUCAAGUUGUCACAGAUAUUAAUUCAGAAAUGUUGUCAGCAAGAAUGCUUAUUGAAAAGAGGCCCAACAUAUUUUGGACUCACUGUGCUGCAGAUACCAUUGACUCAAUGCUCGAAGACAUUGGCACUAAUCGUUUGAUCAGGAAAACAAUUGCUAAGGCAAGGUUUCUCACUGCUUUUAUUUAUGGCCAAACAAAUUUGUUGGCCAUGACACGUCAGUUCACCAGCCAGCAGGAUCUAGUUCAUGUUGGGAUCAGUUAUUACACCACUUGUCUCUUAAACUUGAAGAGCAUUUAUGACAAGAGGAUUGAGUUGAAGGGUAUGUUUAUUUCCAAAGAGUGGGAGGACAGCAAAUGGUCAAAUGGAGCUGCGGGCAAGAAAUUCUAUAAUCUAGUAGUUAGUAAUGAGUUCUGGCAUGGAGUGCUUUAUACUAUAAACAGUUUCGAACCACUAGUGGAUGUUCUGAGGAGGAUGGGUGGCAGCAGACCCUCUAUGGGGUAUAUAUAUGGUGAGCUUGCAAAGGCUAAAAGAGAAAUUGCCCUGCGUUUUGCGAACAAGGAAGAACAAUAUUUGCCAAUAUGGGAUGAUAUAGAUUUCAGAUUAAAUGGUGCCCUUAAGACACCAUUGCACCUAGCUGGUUUUUAUCUGAAUCCAUUCUUCUACUAUAAAUCCAAAGAUGAUAUUGAAGAUGCGGGAAUCUUCAGAGGUGCAGUUGUUGAGUGUAUACAUAAAAUGUACCAAGAUCAACCUACACAAGAGAAAAUUUUGCAUCAAUUGAAUCUUUAUAGAACUGCGUCACAGAGUUUCAAAACGGCUCAUAUCAUUGAUACUAACAUGAAUCUCGAUCCAGUUUCUUGGUGGGAAUUACAUGGUGUUGCAGCAAAGGAGUUGAGCACAAUGGCAAUGAGAUUGUUGAGGUUAACUUGUGGCUCACUGGCAUAUGAGAAAAGUUGGAUCGAGAAGCUUCAUAAUAAGAAACCUUGUUGGGUUAAACGUAAGCAAUUCGAGGAUUCAAUGUUUGUGACAGUAAACAGGAGGAUACAAGGGAAAGCUCAAAUGACAAACAGAGAUCCUAUACUUGCAUACAUUCCUGAUGAAGAUGAACCUUUUGAAUGGCUGGUGGGCAGGUUUCGCGAGUAUGCUGAACAAGGUGAAAAUCAUGCUUUCCGUACGGCACGAGCAAACAUUAGUGAGGAAGUAGGACUUUCAAUGCAAGAAAAAAAACUAUUGGACUAUGAUGAGUAUACUUCAACUGAAGAAGUGGAUGAGGAUAUUGAUGAAGAACCACCAAGGCACUUCAGCAACAAGAAGACAUCAUCCAGUGCCUCAUGCUCAAGGCCAGCAAAGAGGGCACGGUCUGGGAAAGGAUUUCUAUGGGACAACAAGCGCGAGGGAAGCGAUGGAGAAGUCAGCCACUGAGCUCUGUUGAUGGUGUAUGGGUCGAUUUCUUUUAUGAUCCCUGAACUGUUAGAUGUUACAACUGACUUUGGAUAUUGGUAAUUUGUUGCCCGCCUUGAGCUGGUGACUGAUGUAUGUUUUUUCUGGCUGGGGCCUAAAUGCUUUGCCUGUAUGGUUAUUCAAUGCAAGACCAUGCUCCAUGUAUAACAUUUGAACGAGUUAUUAAAAGGGGCAUUAUUUAGGCCUUUUA